AAACGAUUUUUUAAGUUAAAGUUUGUUUAUCUCUCAAAAAUAACUAUUGACAGUAUUAUUGAAAAAACUCGUGUUGUUUAUCAAAUGUUUGUGUGACCUGUCGUUCCCCCUCUCUCUCUCUCUCUGUCUCUCUUUAAUAAUCAAUAUGUCUCGAGUCUCAGCACCUAAAGUAUGGAAACGGCCAUACAAUCACAUCUAUAACUAUAACUACGAUUACGGCACAUCCCUGUACUCGGAAGAGAUAGCCAACAUAGACAUGCGAUACAACGGUGCGUUCAUCGGUCGCUCCAGUGUUUGGUCCCGACGUCCAGAGUUUGUAUCGCAAAACUCUUGGGAUUCGUUGUCGUCAUCGAUGAGCGGCCGAUCGUCGAGUUCGUCGCGUCGUUCGGACACCGAUUCGCCAAAACCAGGUCUCAGACACUCGGAGUCAUUCACUACAUCGGGACGACCGAUGACCGCUCCGAGCGAUAGUGCUCUUAGAAAAAGUCGUUCAAUAACCGGUCGCAAACCGAGACCGGAAAGUACUAUUGGUAUACCGUUUACUUUUCGUUGGGAACCGUUAGCUUCAUCCGAGUCACGCAGAAAAAACAAAGACGACAACAAAAGUGACGACAAAUCUAAUGAAGAUAAAGAGCGCUGGUAUCGCAAUAGUCUCAGAAGUGUCGCCUAUAAUCUCUAUCCAACCAGUCUUUUGAAAAUCAGAUAAAUAAUUAAAUAUAAAAAGUUUUUUUUUCUCAUAGAGUUUACACUCUAUGUUAGGGAUGUAGUUGAAGACAAACAGUAUAUUAUGGACUCUCUAUCUCUCUCUCUCUCUUUCUCUAAUCGUCACUAUAUUUAUAAAUAUAAUGUAAUCAAUAUU